AUGGGGAAUUCAAUGGAGGUUGAAAAUGCAGAAUAUCCGUUGAUUUCAGAAGCGGAAAACCAAAACAAGGCCAUCGUGAGAACUCUUUACGAGGCAAUGGCAAGCGGCGACACUAGAAAGGCCGCCGGAAUCAUUGGCGGCGACCUGGAAUGGUGGUUCCACGGGCCACAGAAGUGCCACCACAUGAUGAACAUGCUCACCGGAAAAUCAUCGGCGGCGGCGGCGGAGGAUUUCAAAUUCGAGCCGCGGAGCGUGGACGCGAUCGGCGGGGAGCGCGUGGUUGUGGAGGGAUGGGAAGGAGCGCAGGCUUAUUGGGUGCACGUUUGGACGGUGAAAGAUGGGGUGAUCACUCAGUUCAGAGAGUAUUUCAAUACGUGGCUGAUUGUGAAGGAGCUGAGAGGCGUGAGGAGUUCCAAGUCGACGGUGUGGCGGAGCCACCCCAGAGACAUCGCCAAACGCACCUUGCCGGGCCUUGUGCUCGCCAUUGAUGGUUAAUGCCCGUAUUGGUUGUUAAGAAAUUACUCUAUUAUUCGUUAAGUAUUCAAAUAGAGUUUUUUGC